GUCGUUUUUCACCAAUCCAUACAAUAGGUUACCUGCUUUGUUUAUAUGUUUUCAAUAUUUUUGAUGCAGGUAAUUCAUUGUAUUUUCUUUUUUGAUUAUGAUUCAUCUGUCUCCUUUUCCUUGUUCACUCUACCUAAAUGAUACCCAAAGGGACUAUUUAAAGUGGUCUAUAAGAUAAAGUAUAUGUCAGUCAAGAAAAUCAGUGAAAUUGUCCAGUUGCCUUACUGAAGAAACGUUUAAUACAAUGAAGCACGAAUGCUCAAAUUGCCAUGUUUGGAGUAAUUGUUACAGGAAACUUACUCCUAAACUGUAUGAUUAUGCAGCGGAAAGGAGAAUAAAAUUGGAUAAAAGCUGUUCCUACAUUUGUAAUACCUGCUAUUGCCGACUUUAUCGCAUUAUCAAGAAAGGAAACGAGCCAGCAGCUCCAAGUGCAGUUAAUAUAGAAUGUGAAAAUCAAGAACUCACCGUUUCUGAACCAUCGAAACUUGAUGAUCUCGCCGUUGCUGGACCAUCAGGCACCAAUAAUUUCGCCGUGGCGGGACCAUCUAGAGUGAACAAUUUCGCCGCACCAGCAAACAUCAAUAAUGGUGGUUUCGAAAUAAUCGAUCCCAAUGCCGCUGGAUCAUCGGAAAUUGACGCUGUUCCUAGUGUUGAAUCUUUGUUUUCUUUGGAAUCAACGAGUGCUGAAUCAAUUGGUAGUGCUGGUGCCCAGAAACCCGGAAACGGUCAGGAAAUUCUUCAACAAAUGAAGGCAAAAUUUGAUGAAAUAUCUGACAGAAACGAUCGUUAUAGGAUUCUAACUUCCCUUCCCAAAUCCUGGACUGCAUACAAAAUUAUGCAAGAAUUCGGUGUUUCGCAACGAACUGCUCAACAUGCAAAGAAAUUACAGAUUGAAAAAGGUUUUAUGAGCACACCGGAGACCAGAGGCCCAACUCGAGGCGGACACACGCACAAAGAGCAGAUGGGCGAGAGAGAGAAGAAAAAAAGCUGUAAGCAGCUUUGGGCGCCCUCUUCCGAAGUAGGGAAAGUUUUAAUUCGAGUCGGUUUGUUUUUGUACCAACCCAGCCCGGCCCCGGCAACAGUGGCAGCGGAGAGUGCAACUUUGCUGCAUUUGAUGGCCGACGAUGGCGCUGAUGUCGAAAAGGACCUUGACACGUGUGCGGCGAUUCUGAUGCUGAUGUAUGUGUUCGACUGUGGGGAGCUCGAAAACAAUGAUACUUUGUUGCGAUAA